AUGAGUUAUAAAAGAAUUCUCUCUAUUCAGUCGUACGUUGUAUACGGUUAUGUGGGCAAUAAGUGUGCCACUUUUCCUUUACAACUACUUGGCUAUGAAGUAGAUGCUAUAAAUAGCGUACAAUUUUCUAACCAUACCGGUUACAAUUACUACUCUGGUUCCACCUUGGAUGGCAAACAGUGCAAAGAUUUGUUUACAGGCCUUAAAAACAAUGGUCUUCUUUGUCAUUCGCACAUUCUAACCGGCUAUAUGGCUUCCGAGUCUAUUUUAAAAAGUGUAACCUAUAUAAUUAUGGCUUUAAAAACCAAAAAUUCCGCAAUUGUUUAUGUUUGUGAUCCGGUCCUUGGCGAUAACGACCGUCUCUAUGUUUCCGAAACUUUAGUCCACUUAUAUCGUAGUGAGUUAUUGCCCCUGGCGGAUAUUAUAACUCCCAAUCAAUUUGAAGCGGAAAUUCUUUCAGGAGUUAAAAUAGUCGAUGAUCGUUCUGCUAAAUGUGCUAUGGAGGAUCUUUUAAGGAGGGGCCCCCUAACAGUCGUUAUUACUAGUUGCAUCUUUCCUGAUGACGACAAACAUUUGCACAUCUUUUGCAUGAACAGAAACAAUUUUUAUUUUAAGCAAACUGUCCGAAAAGUUGAGGUUUCAGGGACAUAUACUGGAACCGGCGACUUGUUUUCUGCCCUUUUUCUUGCUUGGAUCGACAAAGAAAAUUAUAACUUCGAAGUGGCUUGUAAAAAGGCUUUGGCUACGUUACAACAUAUUAUUUUAGAUACAAAAAGAUAUAUUGAAGAAAAUAAGUUUAGCGCUUCCAAUGAAGCUGCGCUACGAGAGCUGCGCCUCAUACAAAAUAAAGAAGUUAUCGAGAAUCCCCCUGUUAAGCUUUUAGAGCGCUCUUAA